AUGGGCACCAAACCACAUAACCAACCACAACAAGAAGAUCAGCCACAAGCCCAAACAACACCGCAGCAGCAGCCACACAAGAAGCAGGUAAGGAGGAGGCUGCACACAAGCAGGCCAUACCAGGAGAGGCUGCUCAACAUGGCAGAGGCCAGGAGAGAGAUUGUCACAGCUCUAAAGAUCCAUAGGGCCUCCAUGAGACAAGCUAAAGAGCAGCAGCAGCGACAACAACAACUGAUGCAACUGCAACUGCAGCAACAAAAAGAGCUUCAUGUUGUGCAAGAGCAAAGCCAGGCAGCAACUCGAUCUUCUGCACCUAUGAGCUACGGUUCCUACUCUGAUUACUUGCACAAUUCCCCAUUUGCACAUUUCACUGCUCCUAGUAGCUAUUCAUCCCCACUCACUUACAACACACCAGUUGCGCCGCUGGUUGAUUCUGAGCAUGAUUUAGAUCACUUGAUCCCUCUUCCUGCACAGCCACUAGGGCUAAACCUUAGCUUCCAGGGCUUCAAUAAUAGUGUUGUCGGUGAUGAUACCAAGAACAGUACUUGUUCGUUUGAUCCUCCAUUACUCCAACCAUCCCCUACUUCUUCCUACUCAGUCUAUUCCUCUCCGUCGGUGACGAUGGCGAGCCACGACUUGUCAUCGGUCAUUACCACGGAGAACACUUCAUUGGCAGCAGAUGCAUCACUACACCGAGUGCUGGAUGAUGAGGAGAUGGCAGCGAUCUACUCGAUCGGCGAGCAGCACGACAUCGAGUGGAGCGACACCAUGAACCUGGUCACGUCGGCAUGGUGGAGCGAGCUCCUGGACAGCAUCGAAGGCAGAGGCAACGGCACAGUCCAGCAGGAGGUCGGAGGAGCUGCAAACACGACGGAUGGUGCAUUGGUGGACAUGACCGAUUGGUUUAGCGACAGCCUUGGCCAAGAGGCUACCAAAGAAACCAAUUCUGACGUCCUAGAGAUGCAUUUGAGUGAUUACUAUCAUCAGGACGAAGAUGUCUCCUUGCCCUGUUUGGACAUGGGAGAAAUCGAAGGAAGGGAUGCGGAAUGGUUCUCUUGA